AUGGGCAGCCCAGGGAAGGUCAGAAACACCUGACAAGAAAAUUGCAUCUUGAAGUAAGUUCUUGGUGUUCCUCCAGCAGUGUUAGUCGCGUGUGUCAGCGGCUCAGGCAGCGUUUAAGUGAACGUUGAUAUUUUGUGUACACUAUUCAGAUCUUCGUCUUCAGCUUCGUGGUGGUAUGCAGAUUUUUGUGAAAACCCUUACUGGAAAAACCAUAACAUUGAAGGUGGAGCCUUCAGAUACCAUUGAAAAUGUGAAAGCCAAGAUUCAGGAUAAGGAAGGAAUCCCACCUGAUCAGCAGAGGUUGAUCUUUGCUGGUAAGCAGCUCGAAGAUGGCCAUACCCUUUCAGAUUACAACAUUCGGAAGGAAUCUACAUUGCAAUUAGUUCUUCAGCUUCGUGGUGGUAUGCAGAUUUUUGUGAAAACCCUUACUGGAAAAACCAUAACAUUGGAGGUGGAGCCUUCAGAUACCAUUGAAAAUGUGAAAGCCAAGAUUCAGGAUAAGGAAGGAAUCCCACCUGAUCACCAGAGGUUGAUCUUUGCUGGUAAGCAGCUCGAAGAUGGCCAUACCCUUUCAGAUUACAACAUUCGGAAGGAAUCUACAUUGCAAUUAGUUCUUCAGCUUCGUGGUGGUAUGCAGAUUUUUGUGAAAACCCUUACUGGAAAAACCAUAACAUUGGAGGUGGAGCCUUCAGAUACCAUUGAAAAUGUGAAAGCCAAGAUUCAGGAUAAGGAAGGAAUCCCACCUGAUCAGCAGAGGUUGAUCUUUGCUGGUAAGCAGCUCGAAGAUGGCCAUACCCUUUCAGAUUACAACAUUCGGAAGGAAUCUACAUUGCAAUUAGUUCUUCAGCUUCGUGGUGGUAUGCAGAUUUUUGUGAAAACCCUUACUGGAAAAACCAUAACAUUGGAGGUGGAGCCUUCAGAUACCAUUGAAAAUGUGAAAGCCAAGAUUCAGGAUAAGGAAGGAAUCCCACCUGAUCACCAGAGGUUGAUUGCUGGUAAGCAGCUCGAAGAUGGCCAUACCCUUUCAGAUUACAACAUUCGGAAGGAAUCUACAUUGCAAUUAGUUCUUCAGCUUCGUGGUGGUAUGCAGAUUUUUGUGAAAACCCUUACUGGAAAAACCAUAACAUUGGAGGUGGAGCCUUCAGAUACCAUUGAAAAUGUGAAAGCCAAGAUUCAGGAUAAGGAAGGAAUCCCACCUGAUCACCAGAGGUUGAUCUUUGCUGGUAAGCAGCUCGAAGAUGGCCAUACCCUUUCAGAUUACAACAUUCGGAAGGAAUCUACAUUGCAAUUAGUUCUUCAGCUUCGUGGUGGUAUGCAGAUUUUUGUGAAAACCCUUACUGGAAAAACCAUAACAUUGGAGGUGGAGCCUUCAGAUACCAUUGAAAAUGUGAAAGCCAAGAUUCAGGAUAAGGAAGGAAUCCCACCUGAUCAGAGGUUGAUCUUUGCUGGUAAGCAGCUCGAAGAUGGCCAUACCCUUUCAGAUUACAACAUUCGGAAGGAAUCUACAUUGCAAUUAGUUCUUCAGCUUCGUGGUGGUAUGCAGAUUUUUGUGAAAACCCUUACUGGAAAAACCAUAACAUUGGAGGUGGAGCCUUCAGAUACCAUUGAAAAUGUGAAAGCCAAGAUUCAGGAUAAGGAAGGAAUCCCACCUGAUCACCAGAGGUUGAUCUUUGCUGGUAAGCAGCUCGAAGAUGGCCAUACCCUUUCAGAUUACAACAUUCGGAAGGAAUCUACAUUGCAAUUAGUUCUUCAGCUUCGUGGUGGUAUGCAGAUUUUUGUGAAAACCCUUACUGGAAAAACCAUAACAUUGGAGGUGGAGCCUUCAGAUACCAUUGAAAAUGUGAAAGCCAAGAUUCAGGAUAAGGAAGGAAUCCCACCUGAUCAGCAGAGGUUGAUCUUUGCUGGUAAGCAGCUCGAAGAUGGUCGCACCCUCUCAGAUUAUAACAUUCAAAAAGAAUCUACUUUGCAUUUGGUUCUUCGGCUCCGUGGCGGUCAGUAAAUGUUCAAUUUAAGACAAAUACUCUCUCGGCUUAAUGUUAUAACUUCUGCCUGUUCCUUUAAGUUGUAGGUACUGUAUUUUUUUUUUCCCCCAAUAUUCUUAAUUUUUUUAUAAUGUACUACAACAAAAUAAAUGGAAGUUACUUA